CGUUAGGAACAAUAAAAGACGAGCUUGAGCUAUCAGGCAUUAAUGGCGGACAGCGCCGCCGUACAAUUACAGCAGCCACAUGCCAUCAUGAUCUCUCUCCAUCUCCAGGGCCACAUCAACCCCUUCAUCCACCUAGCCCUAUCCCUAGCCUCCAGGGGCUUCACCGUCACCUUCGCCCACCUCCACUUCGUCCACCGCCAAAUCUCCGCCGCCGGCGCCGGAGACCCCUUCGCCGGCGCCCGUGCCGCAGGCUUCGACAUCCGAUACACCACUCUCUCCGACGGCCUCCCCAUCGACUUCGACCGGGAAGCCCACCACGACCAAUUCCUCCACUCCUUUAGACACAGACUUCCCGACAUAGUUGCAGAGUUCGUCGGAGAAAUUAUUCAGGCCAAUCCAUCCUCGCCGGAGUUCUUCCUCGUCGCCGAUACUUUCUCCAUUUGGGCCGCGGAAGUCGCCGGAAAGUUAGGGUUAGUCAACGUCUCGUUCUGGACCGAACCGGCCGUCGUUUUCUCUCUCUACUACCACCUUGACCUUCUCCGCCGGAACGGCGACGUUCCCGUCGCCGGCCGGUGGAAGAACGUCGACUACUUGCCGGGAAUCCCUUCGAUCAAUACUAAAGAUUUUGUGUCGUACCUUCACGAUUCUGAGCUCGGGCCGAUUCAUCAUCUCCUUUUCGAUUCGUUUCAGGCCGUCAGAUCCGCCGAUUUCGUUCUCUGCAACACGCCGGCGGAGCUCGAACCGGCGGCGAUUUCUGGUUUGAAUGAAACGGUGCCGUUUUACGCAAUCGGACCGAUGGUGAGGGAAUCGGAGAGUUGCGAAAUUGCCCGGAGUUUUCUGCCGGAAUCGGACUGUACGGAGUGGCUGAAUUCGCAGCCCGCCGGCGGCGUACUUUACGUGUCGUUCGGAAGCUUUGUGAAGAUUGAUAGGGAGGUGAUCGGCGCCGUAGCCGGCGGGCUUUUGAGGAGUGGGGUUAGGUUUUUGUGGGUGCUCCGGCCGGGGAUGGUGGAUUCCGGCGACGGCGACGGCGGGGGGAGUGGUUUGCCGGAGGGAUUUGAGAUUAGGGUUAGGGGAAAGGGGAAAGUGGUGACGUGGUGCAAUCAGAAUCAGGUUUUGGGGAAUCCGGCGACGGGAGGGUUUUUAACGCACUGUGGAUGGAAUUCAAUUCUGGAGAGCAUCUGGCAUGGAGUUCCGAUGAUCUGUUUUCCGGUUUUUACCGAUCAGAUUACGAACAGGAAGCUGGUGGUGGAGGAUUGGAAGGUUGGGGUGAAUCUGAGCGGCGUUAAUGGCGGAAGUUUGAAGGAGGAGGAGGUUGCAGAGAAGAUUGGGGGUUUGAUGGAGGGGGAGAUGAGGAAGGGGUUGAAGGAGGAGGUUGAGAAGGUGGGGAAGGUUCUGCAGGCGGCGGCGGCGGAGAAUGGAUCGGCGGCCGGGAAUUUUGAUCGGUUUGCGGCGGAGCUGUCGGAGCAGUUGCAGAGACGCCGGAGACGACGAUGACGUGGAGGACCGGUGGUUUCGAAGUAGACCCGGUCCGACCGGUUGAAUCUAUCUAUUUGAAUGGAGGCCAAAAAUAACAAUAAUGUGUUCUUUUAGGACUUUGAAUUAUUCGAGCUUCAAAUUUAAAUCA